AUGUCUGGAAUAUGGGCGAUUGACAGCGGUGCAACACAUCGCAUCUGCUAUUACAAGCCCGAGUUCGAAUUUCUGGACGAGCGCAAUGAAGGUGAAGUGUUGAUUGCAGAUGGGAACAAGGCUGCAAUCAACGGUGUCGGGACAAUCGUCAAAAAGGUGAUCCUGUCCAACGGUGAAGAGCGCGAAGUCGAGAUCAAGAACGCACUUUACGUCCCAAGCAUGAACAAUAACUUGCUUUCGAUACCACAAAUCAACAAAAGCGGCAAGUUUCAAGUGGUGUUUGAUGGUGACGAGAUGAAGAUUUCGCACAAAGGCUCCAAGCAAGUAAUGGCGAUGGCCGAUCUUGUGGAUGGCCUCUACUGGCUUCGUACAUCUCAACGAUCCGUGAAUGCGGCUUCAGGACCAAUAGUCGAAAACCUCCAUGCGCGUAUGGGCCACGCACCGGUUGAUGUCUUGUGCAGAAUGGUCUUUAAGGGCAUGAUCAAGGAUGCCAAGAAGCCAACAAAAUUGAGUGGAUCAAGCGUGUGUCAAGGUUGUCUAGAAGGAAAAAUGGUUCAACGGCCGUUCCCAAGCAAUCCAAACAAGUGCCACUAUGAUCCGUUUGAGCUUCUACACAUCGACACUUGUGGUCCAAUGGAAGUCGACUCGAUAGGUGAAGCAAGUACUUGCCACUGA